CGUAAAUGGAAAAACGCGGGCCUGGUAACUUCGUCGUAAACGUGGGCCUUGUAAAUUCGUCGUAAACCAAUGUUUUGACGUAAUUUUGUCGUAAAUCGAAAAACACGGGCCUGGUAACUUCGUCGUAAUGUUACGAGGAAGUUACGAGGAAACCGUUUUUAUAUAUAUGGGAGAAGUCGAAGAUACGAGCACUGCUCGUAUCUUCCUCCCUAACUCCUCUCCCCCUCUAAGGUAACUUUCUCUCUCUAUCUUUUUUUUUUUUUUUUAUAGUUUAGGUUGUUAGUUUAGGUGAUUAGUUUAGGGAAUUAGUUUAGGUGAUUAGUUAACGGAAUUAGUUUAGAUGAUUAGUUUAGAAAAUUAUUUUAAACAAUUCGUUUAGGAUAUAUAUUAAUUUAAUUUUUUUAAAUUUUCUAGAUGGCUCCUAGACCGAGACCAGCAGCUCCUGCACCUACGUAUGCGGAUUUGUUUGGCGAUGGAUCUUCCUCUAGCGGUCCAUCGUCUUCUUCCGGGACAGUUCCAGACUCUCACACAUCUCGGAGAGUUCCUUCGACCCCUCCUCCUCUUCCAUCUCAGAUGCCUCCCCCACGAGCUCCACCUGUCGCCCCGGAUCAGCCUGCCCCACCGGCUGCAGUUCAUCCCGAUUUGCGGGUGCCAGCUCAUGCACCAUUCGCAAGAUACACCGUCGAGGAUUUGCUUGCCCAGCCCGGACGAGAGGGUUUACACGUUCUGGACCCCGAUAGACCCCCGGGUACUUAUUGGUUUGGGGCUAACAACCGUGUUAGCCGGAGCGUUUCAGAGACGAUGAAGGGAUAUUAUGACGGCCCUUAUCCCAACUGGACCAUGACUCCCGAUCACGUCAAGACGACGUGGUUUAAAUGUUUUGCGGUAAUUAUAUUUACAUAUUAUUAAUAUUUAUAUUGUUAAUUAAAUAAUUAUUUUUUUUUUUCUAAUCUUUUAAAAUGUUUGUUUUUUCAGCAAAGGUGGAACUGGUCCGUAGGAAUCACCGAGAGGGUGAAGAGCGAAUUUAUUGCAAAGGCGAAAACUCGUCUUUGCAACACCGUCUCCGAUUGGAAGGACAAGUGGGAGAUUUACGGCUAUGAGGGGAAGCCGAGCGGGGUCACAAAGGAAGCAUGGGAUGGCCUCAUCACCUAUUGGAACGAACCCAGCUCCAUCCGCAAAGCCAACUCCUGCUCCGCUUCCCGAAGA